UCGAAAAACGUGUUUAUACCAAGUAUUAGCAAUUUUUUAAGCUUCAUAUUCUUCUGAGAGGCUCACAGACGUCCAAAAAUGGCUGAGUUCGUCCAACAUAACAUUGAGGGAAUGAUUCCCGAGUUAGAGCAGAUGGAACGAGUGGGUCUGUUUACUGGACCAGAGACGAGGCAAAUACUAAAGAAAAGGAAAGGCUUUGAAUACAAACUACAAAGGAAAACUAAAAAGAAAGAUGACAUAUUACAAUACAUUCAGUAUGAAACAAAUGUUCUGGCUUUGCUGAAGAAAAGACGACAGAAUAUCGGGUAUACAUUUAAAAAGUUGGAGAUUGAUAAUGCCAUAUCCCAAAGAAUACAUAAGUUGUUCAGGUUGGCUACAUACAGGUUUCAGGAUGAUGUAAAGCUAUGGUUGUCCCAUGUUCAAUUUUCCAAAACAAGGAAAGAGAAAACAACAAUCAGUAAGCUGUUCACUCAAAUGUUACAAGUCCACAACAGGAAACCAGACUUGUGGAUUGGUGCAGCCAAGUGGGAGUUUGAAGAAAACAUGAAUCAUGAGAAUGCCCGUCAUAUGCUCCAGAAGGGUAUUAGAUUCAACCCAUCCUCCAAACAGCUCUGGCUAGAGUAUUACCGAAUGGAACUUUUGUUUGCAGAAAAGCUCAGGAAAAGAAAACAGAUUGUGGAGAGUGAGUUACCUGAUGAGGAGGAUGUGGAUCAGGAUGCAGUGCUGGCAGGAAGUGUGGCAGCUGUAGUUUACAAGCAAGCAAUGCAGGAGUUUCCAGAUGAUGUAAUAUUUGCAUUGUCCUUCCUACCAAUUUGCCAGCUGUUUGAUUUUGCCAAAAAUCAGGAGAAAGAUAUAUUCUCUGAUAUACAGAAAUGUUUCCCAGACAGACCAGAGACCUUUGAUGCAAUAGCAAGACAACAUAUCCACACAGCAUCCACAAUUGACAACAUGGAGCUUAAAGAAAAGGAAAUUCAGAAAUGCUAUGAUGUGUACCAAGAGGCUGUUACCAAAAUGCCAGGAGGUGAGAUCUGGGACCUUUACAUGAAAGCUUGUCUGGAUCUGAUUGAAAUGAAAUUGCCCAAGAAAACACCUCUUCCUGAACGGAGGAUACACAAAUUGCUAGCAGUCUUUGAAGAGGCCGUUGGGAACAAAGCUGUCACACCAGAUAUGUUUGAGAAAUGGGUGGAUGUUCUAGCCAAUGUAGGUCUGGUAAAGGAGCAGGCCAGAGUAUAUGAACUUGCCACUACCCACCAUCCUAAGAUUGUCUCUUUAUGGAAACAGAGGUUACAGGUAUUCAUCAGAACUGCUCCUACCCACAGCCAGGUUGUCGAGAUGUUUCACACUGCAUGUAAUCAAGUCCCAAAAAAGAAGAGUCUUCCCCUGUGGCAGUUGGUUCUGGACUACUGUAUCGCCAACAAAUCAGAUUUAACCAACACAUUAUUUGAGAAAGGUGUUAAUAGCCAUCGGACAGUAUCAGGACCUGUGAAGGUGCUUUACUUACAGUGGACUUACAUGUCUGCAGGUAUCAGCCAAACUCGGGAUCUCUAUAAAAGGUUUAUGCAGGCUGGGCUUGUACCCUUACAGCUCAUUCAGGAAUAUAUUAAGAUGGAAAUGUCCCAGGCCAAACCCAAGAUGAAGCUGUUACGACAGGCUUAUGAGGAUGCAGUGACUGAAUUUGGGUCGACAGAUACUGACCUUUGGAUUAACUACAUUCAACUAGAACAGACCCACCCACAGGGCAAACCAGAGGAGGCAGGCACGAUCCACUUCAGAGCAGUGAAAUGUCUGGAGGGUGAUCUCAAUCAGCAAUUUAUUACCAAGUACACCCUGCUACAGACUGGGCACCUGGACGCAUGACAGAGGUCACAUAUCUAUAAUGUAUAUAUAGUCACGACACUUGGACAGAGGAAUGUAUAACAAAGUUAGCAAUACAGACUGGGCACCUGGAUGCAUGACAGAGGUCACAUAUCUAUGAUGUAUAUAGUCUGGACAGUUGAAUGUAUGACAGAGGUCACACAUAUAGACUGGACACAUGGAUGUAUGACAGAGGUCACACAUAUAGACUGGACACAUGGAUGUAUGACAGAGGUCACACAUAUAGACUGGACACAUGGAUGUAUGACAGAGGUCACAUAUCUAUGAUGUAUAUAGUCUGGACAGUUGAAUGUAUGACAGAGGUCACACAUAUAGACUGGACACAUGGAUGUAUGACAGAGGUCACACAUAUAGACUGGACACAUGGAUGUAUGACAGAGGUCACACAUAUAGACUGGACACCUGGAUGCAUGACAGAGGUCACAUAUCUAUGAUGUAUAUAGUCUGGACAGUUGAAUGUAUGACAGAGGUCACACAUAUAGUCUGGACAGUUGAAUGUAUGACAGAGGUCACACAUAUAGACUGGACACAUGGAUGUAUGACAGAGGUCACACAUAUAGACUGGACACAUGGAUGUAUGACAGAGGUCACACAUAUAGACUGGACACAUGGAUGUAUGACAGAGGUCACAUAUCUAUGAUGUAUAUAGUCUGGACAGUUGAAUGUAUGACAGAGGUCACACAUAUAGACUGGACACAUGGAUGUAUGACAGAGGUCACACAUAUAGACUGGACACAUGGAUGUAUGACAGAGGUCACACAUAUAGACUGGACACCUGGAUGCAUGACAGAGGUCACAUAUCUAUAAUGUAUAUAGUCUGGACAGUUGAAUGUAUGACAGAGGUCACACAUAUAGACUGGACACAUGGAUGCAUGACAGAGGUCACAUAUCUAUGAUGUAUAUAGUCUGGACAGUUGAAUGUAUGACAGAGGUCACACAUAUAGACUGGACACAUGGAUGUAUGACAGAGGUCACAUAUCUAUGAUGUAUAUAGU